GUGAAGAUACUAUUUUACUCCUCUCAGUAGCUAGUAUGGAUAUGCUCGUCUAAUUCAGCUCCACAAUAGCUGUAAUGUUCACCAAUCACAGAAAGGGAUGAAACAGCAAAAAAUUUUUGUCUAAUAUACUGAAACUUUGACAAUAUUGUUUUGAAAAUAAAACUUUGCGAUGCUGAAAGUAUGGCUACUAUGUAUCUAUUACGAAGUAUUUGAGAAGACUUUUAUAGCAUUUCACUGCAAGCUUUGUGGAGAUGCUAUGUUUGCUUUGGAAAAGAGAGGGCACUGGAGUCGCCAUUAAAUCUCCCAUAAAUAACAUAAAUAUUUCCGUAUAAGAUCUCUGAAGCUAGUUUUAAUAAUUCAAUAAAGGUCAUCUCCAGAGCUUGAAAAAUAAAUAUAUAUCUCUGUGCCAUCGUGAUAAUACACGCUAUCACUAUCUUCCAUUGGCCAGCUUUCCACUCCAAGUCUGUCAGUGACUAGAAGCAGCUGCACCUCGGGGAGCCUUCAAGAUCUAUUUGUGCGGGGAGAAGAACCAGACGCACCAGUAACAUAAGACUUUUUGGUAAAAUGGCGACAGUGGUGGUAGUGGUGACAGUGAUGAUGAUGCUGGUGAAAGUACACGAAAUUAAUGCUGCACGAAUCCUAAUGGCUGUGCCCAUUGGUGCCAGAAGCCACGAGAACUUCUUCAUGCCUCUCGCGGAGCAUCUCACUCAGCGGAACCACACGGUGACCUACUUGUCAGGCUUCGAAUCAACCAAAGAAAGACCAAACAUUCGAGUGGUGUUUGUGCCCGAUGUUCAGAUAUUGAAAAAGUUAAGAAACCUUUUCACUGAUAAUGUGAACACCGCGUUCGCUGCAAUCUUCGACGACAUGCUGGAGGUUUGCGUGAAGGCCUUGAGCUACGAGGGAGUGCAGCGCCUCAAUGAUGAGAAGUUCGACUUGAUCAUCCUGCAUGCUGGACUCACCGAAUGUUUCCUAUCGUUUGCUCAUAAACUCAAGGUUCCCUUCAUCUUUGUCAACCCAAAUAAAAUCACCCCAGCGUUUGUUAAGUUGGCGGGAACUCCGGACUUUCCAUCUCUCAGCGCGAACUAUUUACUUGACCUGGAGAUCCCGCUCACCUUCACGGGACGCAUGAUCAACAGUCUCUACAAUCUGGUUGGGGCCAUGUCCAACGAAUACGUGAUACUUCCAAGUGAAGAGAGGCAGUGUCGUGAGCGUCAGCUGUGUCCAGAUGACAUGCCAAGCUUUCACGACCUACGACGCAAAACCAGCCUCUUCAUCACCAACAUAGUGAGGACAAUGGAAAACCCAAGUUUGCCCUACACACCGACUGUGGUUCAUGCCGGGGGAAUUCACUGCAGACCCGCCAAGCCCCUCCCGCAGGACCUGCAGCAGUGGGUCGCAAGUUCUGGGAAACCAGGCUUUAUAUACUUCAGUCUGGGAAGUCUCGUCCCAUCCUCCGAAAUGCCUGAGAAAUACCUGAAGGUGUUGGUGGAAGUGUUUGGCUCCCUGGAGCAGAGAGUGUUGUGGAAGUGGGAUGACGACACUAUAGAGAACCUGCCUCCUAACGUGCGACUGUCCAAAUGGCUCCCUCAGCAGGAUAUCCUCGGUCAUCCCCAGCUUCGCCUCUUCAUAACUCAUGGGGGUCUGUUCAGCACUCAGGAGGCCACCUACCAUGGGGUGCCAAUUCUGGGCAUGCCAGUCUCUAUCGAUCAGCACCACAAUAUGAGGACAGUGAAGCAUGAAGGUUGGGGAGACUUCUUGUACUGGGAGGACCUUACCUAUGACAAAUUACAAGGCCACAUCUUGCAGCUCUUGGACGAUGCAAGUGUGAAAGAGAAAGUUGAACGGCGCUCCACUAUUAUCCGCGACCAGCCAAUGUCACCAGGGGACUGGGCGACGUACUGGAUUGAAUAUGUGUUGCGGCACCAAGGGGCACACCACCUCCGCUCUCCCGUCGUCGACAUUCCUUGGUAUCAGCUGUACAACGUGGACGUGUGGGCGUUACUGGUGGUAGUGACAUUGACAAGUCUGGUUCUGGGUUCCUGGCUCUCCUAUCGGAUUCUUCUUUUCUCGGCCCGUUACUGCUGUGGUUCAAGUAAAACGAAGAAAGACUGAGAUCGUAUUUCAAGUUGCAAUCACUCAGGUACCAGCUGAGCAAAAUGAACGUGUGCACUGGUAGUGAUGACAGCGGUGGUUGUUCCAGCCUCUACGUCGUUGCUUUUCCACAAGAUAUAACAAUUUCUCGUCCGUUAAUGUUGCCGAUCAAGGAAGAUGAAGAAGAAUUAUCUUCACUCAUUUAAGAAAGAUUUUUUUCCCAAGAUAACGGAACAAGAAAAGAAAAAUUUGAUCUGAUUUAUAUUUCUAUAACUUGACAUCAUUGGAGAAAUGCUGAGUAGAAAGUAUGUACUUAAGUGUCAAUCAGAAUGCAUUUCACUGCAUCUGCUCUUCUGGUAUAUUGAAAUAACACAAUAGCAAAUAACUAAACAUGAUACUAUGUUGUCAUAAAUCACUUUAGUGUCACGUACUCAUGGAAGCAAACGAUGAACUACAGAGACACCAUAGCAACAGCUGUCUCCCUUCUGACGUGCAUCGUCUUAUUUGAUAAAUAAAUAAGCAUAGCGAACCA